AUGCUCCGCACUACCUUUUCCGCGAGGGCGGUCACCCGUCCCCUUCGUGCGGCCUUGUCCACCACCACUCGAGCCAUGGCUCAGGGCGACACUGGCGCCCCCCCCAAGACAGGUGGCCAAGGUGAUGCCUUCCAGAGACGUGAACGCGCCAACGAAGACUACGCCAUCCGUCAGCGCGAGAAGGAGAAGCUCCUGGAGCUCAAGAAGAAGCUCACCGAGCAGCAACAGCACCUCGAGCGUCUCGCCAAGCACAUUGACGAGAUAACCAAGGAGCAGGGUGGCGAACAGAACUAG